GGCUAGAAACAAAAAGACCCACCAUAUCAGGCUGUAAGAUUCGUUUCGACCGAACGUUUUCCUCGUACAAACCGGCCUUGUGCCUGCCCGUCCUUCUCUGCUUUUUCUCUCCGCAAAACUUUAGUUCCUCUCCUCUCCUUCACCCCUUGUUGCGCAUUUUGGCGCCCCGUUGAUCUUCAUUUGGAUCUGUCCGCUCUCUUAAAUCCUUCAGGUCCCAGCCCAGAACAAAACUGUGCUGCUACCCCGCGGCCAUGUCAUCGGCCUACUGAUUCCGCCACAUUCCGAGCCUGGGAAAACAUGGAGAAACGACAUUCUUCAUCUUCAGACAGGAUAUCCAGCCCACGACGCCCUAAGACACACAGAAAGAGGAGCAAUUCGGUUCCGAUAGUUGAAGCUCUGGGAUGCUCGACGCCCGAGGCAGAGUUGAUCCUAGCAGAAGGAAGGGCUGCCGUCCGCAGUCGCCGAGCCUCGGUUCGCCGUCGUGGACGUCGUAUGAAAGAUGCGAUAGAAACCUUCCGGCCCAAGGACCAUAUCCAGUACCUAUACGCGGAGUCUGCCGUAUCAGAGUAUGUUUGCGAGGAACCAAUAUCGACAGAGAAUGCUAAGAGUUCCCGCCACUCCCGGAUACCCUCUAACGAUACGGACCGGAGCACCUCGACGAUUGUUGCACCCAUCCAGACAUCGGUCAGCGACUCUCAUAUCAGUACAGCCGUCGCAGCUCGAGCAGUGAGCCCACUGGGGGACUAUUCUGCAAACCUCGCCAAGUUCAUACAGACUCAGCUAAAAUCGAUCCCUACUUACCAGCCCAACCACUCUUCCAUUUCUCCUUCCUCAUGUCCGGAUCUCACUUUCCAGGCCAAGUCGCCGACCAAAUCAAUAAGACGACCAGCGGAGGCACCGCAUGUCAUAGAGAUACCACCUGUACGACCGCCGUUGAAGAGCGCGUUCUCGGCGUGGAGCUCCACUGACGAUGACACUGACGGAGAGAGCUCGCGAUUACCUGCUGCUGAUCUGCCUCGAACAGCCCUCAAGACGAACAAUUCUACACCGUCAGUACUAGGCUAUUAUGAGAGCUCCAACGGCUCUUCUUUCUUGUACUCGUCGACGCCGCUAGAGGAGGAGGAGGAGCCUGACACCGCUAAGGGGUACUCAUUCCCUGAUCAGACAUCGCUGCCAGCACCCUCGUUCUCAUCCGCUUCGACCGGCUCCUACUUCGACUAUAAACGUCCCAUCUCGUUCGCUCCACAUAUCAAAGAUCGGAUAAUCGCUGCGGUCACGCCUCCGCAUGCCCCGGGCAAAAUUAUACCCGCCAUAUCGCCCUUCGAAGGUGGUGCUCUCGCGAACGUCCACGAUGUCCUUGUCGAGUCUCAGCAGAGGGUCCAUGUCGAUGGCAUGACGUUCGACAUGAUCCGAGACUUCACCAUGCCGGGCGGAAGCAUGAGAAGAGUUCAAACACCCUGCUGAUCUCGCCGAAAUCGAUCUGUAUCAUUUCGGAUUUCUCGCUUUUCCUUGCAGCAAUGGUGCUUGGUUGGAUUUCCACAAU